AUGCUAAACUCACCGCCCAAUUGCUCCAUGCUUAUGAAGGAUCUCGUUUACGGGAAAGUGGCCAGACGUAAACCGCGACAAACUUAUCACAUAUGUGGGAGGGGUGUUGCACAGGGUACUUCUACUCUACCCGAAAACGUAGAUGUUGCACAGGCUUCUUUUACUCCACUCGAAAAAGACCCUUCGGAGCAUCUCCUAUUGGUGAAAGAUGCUUAUCAGUACUUCCAAAUAUUCAAGGGACUCGUAGUCGAUCUCAACUUCAGCUUUCCUAAAAGUGAUGAACGCCGUGACUUCUUCGAUGAGACAGCCGAAGACGCUCUGAAGUUAAUUGAGAUUGAACUCAACUUCAUGUACGAGUCUCUCUAUACCAAAAUGGAAGUUUUGCGUUCUAUUACCGGAUAUGUUUUCCGAUUCACAGCUUUUCGGUCAGUUUUAGCAACUCUUGGACUCUUUUGUUUCCAAGUAAAUAAAGAUGAAUUCCACAAAGUUGAUAUUGGGAUCACCUACUCCUUGCUCCUCGGUGCCAUUGCCCUGGAUGUAAUAGCAUUCUUCAUGCUUAUUUUCUCAGAUUGGACUUUUGUUUCAAUCGACAUCCCUAAAUAUCCACACCGUUGGUCCCUGGCAGCUGUCUUCAACAGUUUCCUUGCCCUCAAGAUGCCAUGGUGGCAACCUUGUAAAUGUAAGACAAAGAAUAAAGAGAAGGAUGUGCAGCAUCAUGUAUUGGUCACACCCCUUGUGUUUCGAAGGUGGUCUGGAUCCAUCCCAACUCACAACCUUAUAAGGUAUUGCCUGGAAAGCAGUAUAACCAGAAUCCAUAAAUUCCCGAGUUUGUGGGGAAUCAUGUUUGAAAAAAUCCUUUGUUUGUUGGGAAUCAAUGAAGUCACAAAGAAAGUUAGCGAUUAUAUGAUCAUGAUCAAGAGAAAAAUCAGUCCGUCUAACACCUCUCUUGCUGAACGGGCCAAAUCUUUUAAAUGCAAUGGUUCGCUGGGCUCUUGGAUCAACAAAGUCACUGGAUUUUUUGGUCACAUUUUCAGAUUAAUCACUAUGCCUAUUAAGAAUAUCGUGGACGAGAUGAUGUAUGUGUCCCUUGAGCCAUUCACUAAGGAGCUAUGGGAAUUUAUCUUUGAAGAGGUAAAAUAUAAAUCCGAGUCCGCGGAUACUUCAGAAACAAAAAAAGAAAAUACUCAGCCAGAGGUGAUUGGGUUUUGGAGCAUAAAUAUUCAGAACUCGAUGUUAGCGAGUUACUGA